AACAUGGAAUUCAACCCAUCAGAUCAUCCACGAGCCAGUACAAUAUUUCUCAGUAAAUCUCAAACAGAUGGAAAAUUAUUGAGAGAAAAACGCAAGAGUCUCUAUAUAAACCACCAUCCUCCUGGGCAGUUGAGAAGGAAGUACAGUUCCUGCUCCACUAUUUUCCUGGAUGACAGCACAGUCAGCCAACCAAACCUCAAGUAUACCAUCAAAUGUGUAGCUCUUGCAAUAUAUUACCACAUCAAAAACAGGGACACAGACGGAAGAAUGCUCUUAGAUAUUUUUGAUGAAAACCUUCAUCCCCUUUCGAAAACCGAAGUGCCACCAGAUUAUGAUAAACAUGACCCGGAGCAGAAACAGAUUUAUCGCUUUGUACGGACGUUGUUCAGUGCUGCUCAACUGACUGCUGAAUGUGCCAUUGUCACCCUGGUAUACCUUGAAAGACUUUUAACUUAUGCAGAGAUAGAUAUUUGCCCAGCAAACUGGAAACGAAUUGUACUGGGUGCAAUUCUCCUGGCAUCCAAAGUCUGGGAUGACCAGGCAGUGUGGAACGUGGAUUACUGCCAGAUCCUGAAGGACAUCACAGUUGAAGACAUGUGAGUCC